AUGCUUCCACCAACAGAAGCUUCAUUGAUGAUUUGGGCUGUGGAUUUAAUGGCAGAUAUAGUUCAAUGUGAACAUCUUAACAAAUUGAAUGCCCAUAAAGUCGCCUUCAUCUUUGCCUCCAAUAUGACUACCGGACGGAUGGGUGCUCAGAGUCACUCGCUGUAUGUUGUUCAAGUUACGAAAUUUCUCAAGACUUUGAUUGUGAAGACACUUAGGGAGAGAAAACCAUCAGAUGAUAUGAAUGGGAACAAUGGUGUUUGUGUUUCGGGAACAUCAAAUGAGAUCAAGAAGGAGGACAAGGAUUUUUCAAUCCAAAUAGCUACCUUGGAAAGUGAUUCGAUUUAUAGUGGUCAAAGUCAAACUAAUAUGUCUAUGGUUGAAGAAGAGAGUGGCGAUAGAGUGGUUGAAGGUGCUUGUACGAUGGCAGAAGUUCUCAAGAGUAGAAAUCUUGGUUUAAAAAAGCGCCAUGUAGGCGCGCCAAGUGCCAUAAUUCUAGGUUAA